CAGCGUGACCAUGUUUCUCCAGUAUUACCUCAAUGAACAGGGAGACCGGGUCUAUACCCUGAAGAAGUUUAAUCCUAUGGGACAACAGACCUGUUCAGUCCAUCCUGCUCGGUUCUCGCCAGACAACAAAUACUCUCGACACCGAAUCACCAUCAAGAAACGUUUCAAGGUGCUGAUGACCCAGCAACCGCGCCCUGUACUCUGAGG